CGUAAUUUCUAUCGCUAAUUUAUCAAUUAAAUUUAUCGACGGAGUAAACGUAUAAGAUAUAAACUUUGACGAUAAAUUUGAAACGUCGCUUUUUCACGAGAUAUUUCAACUGUCAAUAAAAACUGGGCACGACGUCUCGUUGCAUGCCUACGUCAACAAAGGUAUGCACUUUGUUGCAAUUGGAUCGAAUAUCGUAAAAAUAAAUGUGUGAUUAUUAUUGAAAGCAAAAAAAAAAAAAAAGAAAAGAAAAAGGAGGAGUAAGAAUUCGAGAAGAAAAUGAUUCGUUGGAGGAAACCGAGGAACAAAAAUAAAAUAGAAAAUAUAAUGACAUUGAAGGCGAACGUAUAUGUUUGUGCAAUUUUCCACGAUAUUAUAUUUAGACCUACAAAGUGACACGUGCAACGAUUUGCCGUAAAGACAACUCGAUUUCGCUGGAUUCUACUCGAUUGCACUAGACAGACAUUUCUUAAUAAAAGUGAAUGCAUUGUUUCGUAAACUAUUAUUACAUACAUGAUCACAUAUUUCUUCCUCUUUCUUACUUUUCGUGCAUUUAACCGAAACAGCUGAUCACUUUCGCUUUUUUAAUCGUCUCGUCGAUAGCGGCUUCUCUUCUCAUUACAGGAAUUUUGACUGCGUUUUCACCAAGGACAAACUGAGAGAGUGAGGUUGGAGUAGAAGUGAGGUGGAUUCAAAAGUAUAAACGAAGGUUCCACAACGACAGGCUCGACGUGGAAAAGGACUAUAUACAACAACGGACAAACCGCCUACUUUAAAAUUAAUUUUGAAGGUAGGAGGAAGCAGCGGGACUCCGGAAUACGCCAACGAAUUUCCAAGCCAAGGAACAAUGUUAUCUCAGCACUACCAACAGCAACUAGGUAUGAAUUACUCGGUUACGCAAGGGGACUCAGAAUAUGAUAGGUACAUGGGUCACAAGAAAAUUAAAAAGAAAAAGAAGAAAAAGGAUAAACGACACAAACAUCAUCACAAAGAUAGAAAGAGAAAGAGAGAAGAAUCCAGUCAAGAAUCUGUAGGUGAUGCUGAUGAAAGUUUCGUCGAAGUACCUAAAAAGAUUCCAAAUCAACAAUUGUUAUCUCCUAGACCUCUUUCGAGCAAUGAACCUAGAAUCAAUGUUGCUAAUCAAAUUAGUUCACUCUCUCCGCAUCGAGAGCCUAGGACUUGCGUUCUGCGAAAAAUAGCCGAACGCACGCCUCUCCAGAGAUUAUUGGAACAUUUGUUAAGGUCAAUGGAAAAACGUGAUCCUCAGCAAUUCUUCGCAUGGCCAGUGACAGACAGUAUAGCGCCUGGUUAUUCUCAAAUAAUAACAAAUCCGAUGGAUUUUAGUACUAUUAAACAAAAGAUAGAUGAUAAUAAUUAUCAGAAUUUAAAUGAAUUUAUAGACGAUUUUAAACUUAUGUGUAACAACGCAACUACUUAUAAUCAUCCAGAUACUAUUUAUUAUAAGGCUGCCAAGAAAUUAUUACACGUAGGAUUAAAGAUGGUCACCCCUGAGAAACUGAGACAAUUAAGACCGGUAUUAACUUACAUGCAUGAUAUUUCCAAGGAAGAACUUGGAUUUGAAUUAGGAGUUGAAGAUCCUAAUAAUCCCGAUGUUCUUGUUACCGAGGAACAAAUCGAAAGGGAAAGAGAACAGGAGGAAAGAAACGAAGAAGCAGAAGAACUCCGAAAGGAAAAUCAAAGAAAAAUGAGAUUAGCGAGUUUAGGUAAAUUCGAAGCUAUUCCGGAUGAUCUAACUCCGGAAGAAAUUUUGAAGCAAGCACGUGGGGCGGCUAAAGCUGCUUCGGAUAAAUUAAGUUUAAAACGUCUCAACACCAAAAUGGGAUUUUUAAGACAAAAGAAAGAUGGGACUACGAGUUUGCAAAUAAUAGUUCCUGGAGAUGGCGUUAUACCUGGAACUAAUCAAAGACCCGUAUCAUUAGGACAACUUAUAGGAAAAUUAAAUCACGGUACUGGCGCUUUAGCUGGUUUUAGAGAAGACAGAAGAAAUAUGUCAAAACCAGUUAAAUCGUUGUACUACGGACCAUUCGGGUCUUACGCGCCAAGUUAUGAUUCCACGUUUGCCAAUCUUACUAAGGAAGAAACUGAUCUCGUCUAUCAAACGUACGGAGAUGAAACUGCUGUUCAGUAUGCAGAAUCUAUUAUUGAUUUUGCUAAAGACUGUGAUUACACUUUAACUAUGGUCGACGAUUUAUUAGAUAUUCUAACCAACGGUGAUCAUAGGAAAACGAAAAAGUUACUCGAAGAAAAGAGGAGAAUUAAAGAGGAAGAGGAGAAGAUCAAGCAUUUGUUAGAAAAACCUAUGCAAGAUUUAAACAAAAACAUUCCAUCAUUGGAGAAAGUUCGAGUAGAUAUUGAUCAAUUGAAAACAUUAUCUGAACUGGGCAUUGAUAUGAACUUUCUGGAAAAAUUAGAAGACGAGUUAAAGUUCAGCGAGGAUCGUGAAGCUUUACAAAGUCGUUUAGAUGAUACUUCGCAGAUGUUGGGUCGUUUGAAACAAGUACAACACGAUCGUCUCUCGGCGCCUCCACCUGCUCAUUUAUCGAAUGUUCCUAAGGCCUCGGAAAGUGAAGUUGCCCUUGCCGGUAAGAUUACGGAUAAUCUUACCGAGAUAGCAAAGAAACUUCCACCCUCAGCUAUUGCACCAGUUGAUGGAUUACGUCGAGCUAUGGGCAUAGCACCACUUGGCGGAGCUGAACCGAUGGAAGUUGAACCAAUUACACAUAAUCCAGCAAUAGUUGCGGAAAAUACAUUGUUACAACCAACCAAUGGCAAUCAAGUACCCACAAAUCUUUUACCAGCACCAUCGCCUAUUCCAAAUACAAAUUUACUGAGUCCGAACAGUCAACAAAAUCCAACGAUCAGUAUUGUCAAUCCAAAUCAAAUACAAAUCGGUGUCACGCACAAUCAAACGUCCCCUCCUUUGCUGAGCACGACGGAACCAUCGGGAGUUCCCGAUUUGGAAUCUGAACUCCGAGAGUUUUUGGAAAGCGAUCCUACAUUAGGACAUUCACCCUUACACGACGAUAAAACGCUCGAAGAUAUAUUAUCGGAAUCAUAGUAUUUAACUUAAGUUCUAAUUAAUUAUAAAAUAGAUUGUACAUUUUAUUACAUCUAUAUAUUAGAAUGAUUCGAAUCUUAUAUUAAAUAAAUACUUACUACAAGA